GGCCGGCUGCAGCACUCGGUGGGAAGGAGCCACAGGACCGAGCCGAGCCGCCUGGCCACCAGUCCGCGGCGGGGCAGCCUCCGGGAUCGCCGCCGAGCCCAGGCGCGCCGCCUGGGGACAAUGGGGCCGCGGCGGCUGCUGCUGGUCGCUGCCGGCCUCAGUCUAUGCGGCCCCCUGCUGUCCGUCCGCACCCCGGCCCGCAGGCCAGAGCCAAGAGCAACAAAUGCUACUGUGAUGCCCCGGUCCUUUUUUCUCAGGAAUUCUGAUGCUAAUAAAUUUGAAGUAUUCCCACUGGACGAGAAUGAAGAGAAAAACGAAAGUGUGUUAGCUGAAAACAGAUUGAUGUCUUCCAAUAAAAGCAAUCCUGUUCAAAAACCACCCCCUGCAUUCAUCUCGAAAGACGCCUCGGGAUACCUGACCAGCCCCUGGCUGACUGUCUUUAUCCCCUCUGUUUACACCAGUGUGUUUGUGGUCAGCCUUCCCCUCAACAUCCUGGCCAUCGCUGUGUUCAUCUUGAAAAUGAAGGUCAAGAAGCCGGCUGUGGUGUACAUGCUGCACCUGGCCACAGCGGACGUGUUGUUUGUGUCUGUGCUUCCGUUUAAAAUCAGCUAUUACUUUUCGGGCAGUGAUUGGAAAUUCGGCUCCGAGAUGUGUCGCUUCGCCACUGCAGCGUUUUACUGCAAUAUGUACGCGUCCAUCAUGCUUAUGACGGUCAUAAGCAUUGACCGCUUCCUGGCUGUGGUGUACCCCAUCCAGUCCCUGUCCUGGCGCACCCUGGGAAGGGCUUCCUUCACCUGCCUGGCCAUCUGGGCCAUGGCCAUCAUGGGGGUGGUUCCCCUUCUUCUCAAGGAGCAGACUAUCCGUCCCGGGCUCAACAUCACCACCUGUCACGAUGUCCUCAACGAAACCCUGCUGGAAGGCUUUUAUGCCUAUUACUUCUCGGCCUUCUCGGCGGUCUUCUUUUUUGUGCCCUUGAUCAUUUCCACAGUGUGCUAUGUGUCUAUCAUCCGAUGUCUUAGCUCUUCCGCAGUCGCCAACCGGAGCAAGAAAUCCCGGGCUUUGUUCCUGUCCGCUGCCGUUUUCUGCAUCUUCAUCAUCUGCUUUGGUCCCACCAAUGUCCUCCUGGUGAUGCAUUACCUGUUCCUCUCUCACAGUCCCGCCACAGAGGCCGCCUACUUCGCUUACCUCCUCUGCGUCUGUGUCAGCAGCGUGAGCUGUUGCAUCGACCCCUUGAUUUACUACUACGCUUCUUCCGAGUGCCAGAGGCACCUCUACAGCAUCUUGUGCUGCAGAGAAAGUUCCGACCCCAACAGUUACAACAGCAGUGGCCAGCUGAUGCCGAGUAAAAUGGACACCUGCUCUAGUAAUGUGAAUAAUAGCAUAUACAGAAAGCUGCUAACCUAAGAAAAGGGACCACUGCUGGCUGAAAAAGUGAGUCACCUGGGGAUUCUGUUAGUCCCUGGCACAACUUCACCACCUAAAACAACACGUGUCUGAUUUGCAUGCAUGCUUCUUACAAAAGCCAUCAAACCCAUCGACUGGUUAAUUACCAGAAAAGAGAACAGGAGUAGAAGACUAGAGGACAAUGUUAUUUUAAGGGAGUUUCAUCAGUGCUACCAUAGU